GGCGACGUUCAGAUAAAGGUCGUCAUUUCCUUCGUUUGUUUGCUCAUUAUUUUCCCACGACUUGUUGAACUGCCAUUUACGUAGGACAACUUCACAUCCUCUUCAUUCCCCAACUUGGUCCAGAUAUCGCAGGCUAUCCCCGCUUUCCCUUCGACAAGUGACAAAAAAAAAAUUACUCCAACAGCUUCGUCUGCAGGCUUUAUAAUCGUGAUGUCAGAAGAAAGCACCUCCGAUCGUGUGCUUCGUGAGGUCAAGGCGGAGUUGGCCGGUACGCCAUACUGCUUCGAGUCUGCCCGCCUCCUCAGUGGAGGAACGACAAACUUCAUAUUUCAUGUGAAGCUGCAGCAGCCGCUUUUUGAUGGGACUGUCGAGGUAGCCAUAAAGCAUGGUGAGGGCUUUGUCGCCCAGAGUCCCGGCUUCAAACUUCCCACAUCAAGAUGCCGGAUCGAGGAAUCCUGCCUGCGAGAAUUCUCAGCGUUUCCUCCAUACUCCGGCCAAAAGUUUAGCGUAGCAACUCCGAAGCUUUUCUACUUCAAUGAAGAGACCAACACCCAGGUUCAGGCAUACCAGCCUAGCCCGCGAAGCCUCAAGAACUAUGCCAUUCAGUAUUUCGCAGCGUCAACCUCGGAAUCAACAACUUUGGAAUCAGUCAAGUCACAAUGCCUCGAUAUUGGUAAAGCUGUGGGUAUGUGGCUGCGGUCAUUCCAUGACUGGAGCAACUCGGAAGAGCAGCUCAAGUUUCGCGAUCUCGCCGCAGGAAACAAGGAAAUGCAGACGCUUAAGCAAUGGAUGAAUUAUGAACGACUCCCCAACUCCAUCACUCGAUUCCCAGAUAUUCUGGGGGACUGCAAUGAUAUCUUUGCAGACAUUGUGGACAGCGUCAAAAGGGAGAUGAUGGUGGACGAUAAAAACCUGCAAGUCAUCCACGGCGACUUUUGGACCGGGAAUAUUCUGCUAGAGGGUAACCCCUGGGAUGAUGAGCAUAGCCACCUUCUUGUCGUCGAUUGGGAGAUGUGCCAGCUUGCAGUCAGGCCCCUUGACCUAGGCCAGAUGAUUGCGGAACUAUACGAACUGAAGCUGUACAAAGAAAUGGAAUCUGGUGUCUGGUUGAUCCAAGGUUUCGUCGAGGGGUAUGGCGCAGUGGAUGACGACUUUGCCUUCCGAACACUACUUCAUGUCGCCGUCCAUCUCAUCGGCUUUGGCACGACAGUGCAAGGCUGGGGCACGCAAGACCAGGCGAAGACAGUGGCAUCUGAGGGACGAAAUAUUUUGAAGAAUGCUUGGGCGAAAGACCGUAUAUCCUUUGAGAAGCACCCCCUAGGCUGCAUCUUUUCAUGACUCUGAGUUGAGUUCAACUGGAAGCUCGGUGGGACAGGACAAGUCACUUAGUGCUACAUGUUGAGAACUCACAUCAGUUGACUAGAACAUUGUGAUUCGGUCAAAAAAGACAUAAAUAUAGCAUUAGGUAAUCAGCUAUGCAAAUCAUCGUU